AUGACAUCUUCCACCUAUGUUUUUGCAAUGGUGUGUAGUAACGAGGCACUGCAAUAUGUUUCAUAUCCCACUGCUGUUUUGGCAAAAUCCUGCAAGAUGAUUCCAACAAUGAUAAUGGGGUUUCUGGUGGAACGCAGGAACUAUUCAAUUCAACAAUGGAUAGCUGCUUUCCUGAUCAGCAUUGGCAUUGCUUCUUUCAACUUGCUGAGGUUACAGGACAAGCAAGAUGAAAGUGAGGAAAGAAACGGCGUCUCGGAUCAGCAUUGGAAAGGAAUGUGUCUGCUUUGCGCCAGCUUGUGUCUAGAUGGCUUCCUGGGCUCCUUUCAAGGAAUGCUAAAGUCACGAGGGCGCUCACCAACGGCAAAUGAGACCAUGUUUUGUGUCAACUGCUAUGCAUUCACAUUGAUGUUGCCCAUGUCGAUCGCCAGUGGUCAAUUCAACGAAGGAAUCCAAUUGCUGAAAGAUGACCAGAGCCUAGUAUCAAUCGUUCUCCUGCAAAAUGCAAUAGUUGCUGUCGGGCAAAUUUUCAUCUUUCUGACGAUCACCUGGUAUUCCUCGUUGGUAUGCACAACUAUCACAACAACAAGAAAGUUCUUCACCAUUCUCUUCAGUGUUCUCUACUUUGGCCAUCGGUUCAACAUAUGGCAGUGGGUGUCGGUUUGCAUGGUGUUUGGCGGUUUAUAUCUGAGUAUUGUCGACAGAGGGGAACAUGAACCGGCGGUGGAGAAACAGAAAAAGACUGACUAA